AACAGCGUGUGCGUGGUUUUAUUAAUAUUUAGAAAAUUUUUGUGUAAGGAUUAAAAAGUUAUAUUAUUUUGUUUAGAAUUAUAAAAAAUAAACGGUUUAAUAUGUGUAAAAGAAAUUAUAAAAAAAAGAUUUAAAAACAAACAUAUUAUAUAAAAAUAGGAGUGUAAAUAGUGAAAAAAUUUGAGUGAAAAAAGUGAAACAGUGUUCAGUGAAGCUACAGAGGAAGUAGAAAAUUUAAAUAUUGAUGUGCCCGCUGUCCCAAAAUGGACUUUGUGCGAGAAAUUAAAGAAAUGGUACAUCGAAACGGCUCCAACAAGAAAUUGCUUGGAAAAGCUUUUACGCAUUUUAAAAGAUGAAGGCCUGAAGGUUCCACUUUCUGCCGAAACUUUAUUAGAUAAAAACAAACAAAUUGUGGUUAGAAAUGUAUCACCAGAAAGCUAUUGUCACAUGGGUAUAGAAACACAAUUAAGAAUAAUUGGAAGUGUUCUUCAAAAUUAUGAUGAUUUGGAGCUUGAUAUAAACAUUGAUGGAAUUCCACUGUUUAAAAGUUCUCGAAUUCAGUUGUGGCCAAUUCUCUGCAUGAUCACAAAUACAAAGGAAAACAUUUUGCCGUUUGCUGUUGGGUUGUAUAUAGGCAAUAAAAAACCAGGAUGCGUCAAAGACUUUUUAAAAGAUUUUGUCAAUGAAGUGCAUUUGCUUAAAGACGGAUUUGUUUUAAAUGGAAAAAAAUAUCACCAUUAAGCUUCGUUCUUUUAUAUGUGAUGCGCCGUCAAAAGCAUUUGUUUGUGGUGUACCUGGGCAUACUUCAGCGGUUGGAUGUACAAAGUACACGCAAGUAGCUAAACAAAUUGAUAAUGUACUCACGUAUAGCAGCUUUGCUGGCAAUCUUAUUUCCGAUGUCGAUUUUGCUUUGAGGAAAUAUCCAAACCAUUACUCCAAUAUCUUUAAGAAAGAGAAAACACCACUGGAAGUAUUGGGCUUUAAUAUGAUAACACAAACUCCAUUGCUUAGCAUGCACCUUGUCGGCCUGGGAGUUAUGAGAAAAAUUUUGAUUCGAAUUGUUCAAAAUAAAACAGAAGAAAUAACAUCGAAACAAAAUAUAUCAGCAAUAUCUUCUGGCCUGAUAAAUUUAAAAAAAUGCUUUCCAAAGGAAUUUCCGAGAAAACCAAGAUCGUUGGACGAUUCACAUCACUGGAAAGCGACAGAGUUCCACCAGUUCUUGGCACAGUUGUACUUAAUAGUUUAAAUUUAAAAAUGACUGAUCCAGCAAAUUUCACAAAAGGAAAAUUGAAAUAUUUUCCACCACAAGCUAAUUCAAAAUGCGGUUGCUGCCAAGAGGUCUCAAAACGGCUUGAAACAGUAGAAAAACAACAAAAUAGCUUACUUGAAAUUUUAGCGGAGCAUAAAGUUUUGCUGGAUAGAUUGGUUUCCAAAAAUGCAGUCAUCGACAACAUCAUCCAAAUAUUUCCUGUAAACACGGUGGACAAAUUAAAAGAACUGGAUUCUCUUUUAGGCUCACAUUCUGAUACAUAUCAGACUAGAACUCUGAUUGCUGGAAAUGUAGAGCGCAAUUUGCAUUAUGUUUUCGGACAAGGUAUAAUUUUAAAUUUUAAUGUCGACGGAAUUUUUGGCAAAGAAAGACUGCGAGAUUACAGCAACGUAUUCAAUACAUUAAUAGAUAACAGUUUUGUUAUACGAUUUUUCAAAUAUUUUUAUUAAUAUGUAAUUUUUUUUUAAUAAAUAGAUAUAAUAUCAACGAACAACGAUUCGCCGGAAAAAACUUUAAUAACAGCUUUUCAAAGACAGAAGAAAAAGUUUUUCAAGCAAAGCAGUCGAGAAAAAAUCAAAGAAAAUAAGGCAAAAGAAAAUGAAAAUGUAGAAACCAGCCUGGCUUUUGUAGAAGAAACCUUUUUUCUUAAUUGUAACUAAGCUAGUCAACAAAUGAUCUCAUAUAUUUUUAACUAAUUUAGAGUUGUAGUUAGUAUAUUUAAGCCCUAAAAAAAUGUGUUCAAUUUUUAAUUUUUUAACUAAUAUUUGGCAAAGAAAGACUGCGAGAUUACAGCAACGUAUUCAAUACAUUAAUAGAUAACAGUUUUGUUAUACGAUUUUUCAAAUAUUUUUAUUAAUAUGUAAUUUUUUUUUAAUAAAUAGAUAUAAUAUCAACGAACAACGAUUCGCCGGAAAAAAACUUAAAUAACAGCUUUUCAAAGACAGAAGAAAAAGUUUUUCAAGCAAAGCAGUCGAGAAAAAAUCAAAGAAAAUAAGGCAAAAGAAAAUGAAAAUGUAGAAACCAGCCUGGCUUUUGUAGAAGAAACCUUUUUUCUUAAUUGUAACUAAGCUAGUCAACAAAUGAUCUCAUAUAUUUUUAACUAAUUUAGAGUUGUAGUUAGUAUAUUUAAGCCCUAAAAAAAUGUGUUCAAUUUUUAAUUUUUUAACUAAUAUUUUAUAGUUUUAGUUUUUAUCUCCAUUUUUUGUUAAACAAAACUUCUCAUUCAAGGGUUAGCCUGCACUGAAAAAGUGUGCUACAUUUUUUAACUUAUAUAGUAUGUAAUAUAAAUAUUUAUAUGUAAUUUGAGCUGUGAAUUAGUUAAUUUACUUUAUUAUUAUUAAAUAAACUUCACAU